AUGGGGAGUGGAGGGGGUAUAAGAGAGUGGCAAAUCUACAAGCUCAGAGGAAAUAAUGACAUCAUCAACUCUGCCGGCAAACCAGAAAUCCCCAUCGCUGUCCAUCAUUCCUCUGUCUCCAGUGACAUAAAAAUCUUCCUUUACCAUGGCAGCAGUUUUCUCUGGACUGUCCUUGGAAUCACAGAUGACAUUUGGGGAUUAGUUUGGUCAGAACAGAGACGGGUGGUGAAGCUCUUCAUUGUCCUGACUCCACAGUUCUUGUCCCAUGACCAGGGCUGGCUCACCAAGGAGCUGCAGCAGCACGUAAAGUCAGUGACACUCCCAUGCGAGUACCUGAGGAAGGUGAGUGAGCGCAGACAGAUGGGGUCCGGUGCCCUUGAACAGUCAGUGACAUCCCCAUGCAAGUACAUGAGGAAAGUGAGUGAGUGCAGACAGAUGGGACCUGGUGCCCUUGAGCAGUUCCCAGUUCUUGGCUGUCCCACGUCUCAUAGCAUGGCCAUGCUUGGGGAAGCUUCGGCAGUCACAGUACUUGCUUUUUCUUCUAUCUCCCUGAGUGACUCAAGUGCCCAUUUAAUGACACAGAGGUCUCAGGGAUGCUCCAUGAGGCUCCAGGUGCCAACCUCUGCCCUGCUGGAGUGUGAGGCAAGGGACAGGGUAUCUUCUGUGGGAGGUAGUGGUCAGCCAGGCUUGGUGACACUACUUGCUUACCAGACCAUCCCAAACCUGCCACCUCUGUUGGAUCCACUGCCUCUGUGCCUGCCUGUACUGCUGAUGCUCCAGUGGCUGCCUCAACAUCCCGGCCUAGGCCCAAUGCCACUGAAGAUGGACCUGCCCCAGGAGACCUAUGAGCCCUACAGGGGUCACUCAGCUGUCCCCAGGAGUGUCCAGACACUCAUUCCUGUUCAGGACAUAGAAGCCCUACCCCUUGGCUCUCCCUCUUCAGCAGUAAAUGAUGAUUUACUGCUGUUACCAUCAUCACUGCCUUUAGUGUCCGAGGACCUUCCAAGGCACGAGUUCUGGAAGGAAAGAUGCCCUUGGGGGGUGACGAUACGCAGACUUUGUAAAUUUCCUUCAUUGCAUUUUCCACCUUCACCCUUGCUCAUGGCCAUCGACUGUCAGAACCCAAGCUUUACUGGCCCCAUUGGGUCUAAUAAUGACGGAUCCACCGAUCUGCAGCAGACAGCCUGGAGGUCCAACAGGCAUAGCCAGGAAGUUAUGCUAUCUAUUGGAGUCCCCACAGUAUGGAAAUGAGUUUG